AUGUGCCUUGAGGUUAGCCAGCAAGGCAAGUUCCUGAAGGGAUUCCUGGAAUCAGCAGAGAAGCACUACCUGCAGGGUUACCGUGUACAUUAUUACAUCUUUACAGACAAGCUAGAGGCAGUUCCUAUGUUAACACUGGGUGCCAACCGUAGUUUGACUACACUGAAACUUCCAAGCUCAAACCGCUGGCAAGAGCUCACAUUACUCAAGAUGGAGAAGCUCGAGAAACUCACUGAGACCCAAUUGAACAAUGAGGUCAACUACAUCUUCAACCUCGACGUGGAUACCGUAUUCUCUGAUCACUGGGGGGCGGAGACUCUGGGUGAUAUUGUUGCUGUGAUACACCCUGGUUAUUACAGUACACCACGUGAUGAGUUCCCAUAUGAGAGGAGGCCUGAGUCACAGGCCUACAUUCCUCAGGGGAUGGGAGAUUAUUACUAUGGUGGUGCGGUGAUUGGUGGUCUAGUGGAAGAGGUGCACAAACUCGCUAAAACUUGCCGCAUGCAGCUGGACUUGGACAAGGCCAAUUCUAUUGAAGCAGCGUGGCAGGAGGAGUCUCACCUGAACAAGUACUUCCUGUACAACAAACCCACCAAGAUCCUGUCACCUGAGUACCUCUGGCAGGACUUCAAAUCCAAAACUCAUGAAAUAAAAAUCAGCCGCUUCUCUCAAGUCAUCAAGAUCUAUACUUUUGAGCAGGGAUCCCAAAUUAAUCAUCAGUUACAUAUUAAUAACUCAUUAAUCAAACAUUAUAUAUAUAUGUUAACUACUGGCAGCUAA